GCUAAAUCAAGAACCCUUUUGAUCUCUCUUCCCUUAUCUUUUUAUAUGGCGGCUGAGGCGGCGGUGACGACGGCGUUCCCUGGCUUCAAAUUCUCACCGACGGAUAUCGAACUCAUAUCUUAUUACUUGAAACGGAAGAUGGAUGGUUUGGAGAAGUCCGUUGAGAUUAUACCUGAGGAUGCUCUGGUUAUUUGCCGACUUAGGAGGAAUACUGAAUUUCAAGGGGCUACAAUUCAAAAUCCACCACAGCCAAGUUUAUCGUCUGACAAGGACGAAAACUUGCAGAAUGAAGCUAUUUUAGAAAGUAUUUCUGGUUGGGAAAAUAUGGUUGAUUUUUACUUAUCAAGUGAGUCAGGGCAGGGACUACUAAGUGAAAUAGCAGAAUCUUCACAAUCUUCACAAAAUCCACAGGUUCCUAGUGAAGAAUAUUUCUAUGCGGAUAUCCUGAGGGAUGAAAUAGUAAAGCUAGAUGAUCCGGCGGUAUCCGGUAAUACACUGACCAAUGUCCCAAGGCUUCAAACUGAGUCCAACACCACAAGAGUACUACCUUUACCUGACAUGGUAGACAAACAAAUGCAAUCACUGCUACAGAAACUACCAUUACAAAAUGACACUGGAGAAGAAAACAACAUAUCCAUGUCAAAUUGCUUUAUCGGUAUCUACUCAAUCAAGUCUAUAAACCGAGCGCGAUGGGGUGUUGUUGUUUGGUUACUGGUUAUGAUAGCCGUGUUGGUGUUUUAUCUAGUGUGAGGCCAAAGAAGACAACUUCUAGACAGUUUGCUUGGUUUUGUUCUUAGUGUUGAGAGAAGAUGUUGUUCUUGCGAGGCUUAGUUUACGUGUAGCAUAUAUGUGUUCUAAGUAUGAACCUGUGAGGUUCUCGAGAUUUAUGAAACUCUGUAUAAGGUAGAUUUUCUAUUUUUAUAAAUUCAUUAUUGUCAAUAAGAUUUGGGUUUUGAGCUUGAAAAGAGAUGUGAAAAAUGUGUCUUUUAAUAAAAUUUGAUUGCUUGC